UUGCGAGAGGUAUCGUCUCGAGCGGGGAGUUCCUUCGCUAGCCAUUUCGCAUCGCCGUCGUUGCUUAGACCGUCUUCUUGAUCGAUUGCUCGUUGCUGUGACGAGCAUCAUCAUCGCCGGCGCACGUUCUCGUUGCCCGGCAUGAAUCCAUUCAAUCAACAACCUGGUGGUGCAGGAAGGGAUCCAAGAUGGGCUGCUCAACAGAUUGGGCAACAAGAUCGAUCGCUGCCUCCCUUGGUCAUUCCCGAUGGCGGUCAGCCUCAAGCGCAGAGAGGCCCGCCACCCGUCGCACCUUCGGCUCGUCAAGGACAAAGGUCCCAGCGUCAGAAUAGCGGUGGCGCUGGUGGACCCAUGUCCCCGCCCGCCCGCUACUCUUCUCCUCCUGUUCCUUACGACGAUCGCUCGGGUGGCAGCUUUUCGCAUUACGCCUCAUCGGAUGGUCACAGCAGCCGAGCACCGGUUCGAGCAUCUGCUGCGAAUGCCCACGCCUCUGCGCCAGCACCGGCUGGUCACGAUCAACGCCAGUCUUUACAACGACCACCGCCUUUGCCGCAGAGUGUCUCGUUCCAAGAGCCUGCCCAACGUCCCCACGCUCAGCGCUCUGGCGCCUCAAGAGACUCCGUAAUCAAGAAGGACAUGGGUGACCGUCGCUUCAGCGGGCAGUCUGGUGUCUCGGACAUGCCAGAGUUGCGUCAAGUGAGCAGUUUAGGCGGCGGUGGCGCAGGUGGGUCCGGCGCAGCUAUGCUCGAUCCUGAGUCUGGCUUCUCGGGAGCCAACUUUCGCCGAAAGAAGUCUCUCGUACGUCCUGAUCGUGAACGCAUGGACCCAAGUCAUCGACAGUGGUAUUAUAGAAAUCAUGCUGCUCAGAUGGACGCCAUUGACGCGCAAGGCAGGGCAGCUGGAUUCAGCUACAUGCCUUCCACGACCGGACAUCUCCCUCAGCAUGGUGCCGCCAUGCCUGGCUACGAGUCUAUGGGCACUCAAGGCCCUGGUGGUGGUGUAAGCGGUCUCGGCAUGGUGUCUCCCCACGCCGGCCUCUUCGGGCCUGGUGCGCCAAACAUGCCUCCUGGAGGUCUGGGUAGAGCGCCACCUUCCUCUGGUCUGCGAAGAGGCAAGUCCAUUCUCGGACGUGACGAAGAUCAGGUCGAGACUGGCAUCAACAUCUUGAAGCGAGGCGUCAGCUUGCGAAGAAGUCGCUCGCACUCCCGCAAAGAUGUUCCGGCUCCAGAUGCAGUCUCUAGAAGGUCCAAGAUUGCACCUGGCCCAGUUGGGCCUUGGAUGAUGUAUUGCUACGUCAUUACGAUCUGCUUCCCAGGUCCUUGCCUAGGCGUGUUCGGCAUCAAAACACCCGAGCAGCAGAGGGCUUGGAGGGAAAAGAUCGGUAUCCUCAGCAUCGUCGCGGUCUGCAUGGCUUUUGUCGGGUUCAUCACUUUCGGAUUUGUCAAGGUCGUGUGCGACAGCAAAGGCACUCGCUACAACCUCGGUAGAAUCGAGUCUGGUACGACGCUCAUCCAUGGAUGGGCUUACGAUUUUAAUGAAUUCUUCCACCCGCAAGUUGGACCUUUUGCGGCAGACACUCCUUACAACCACUCCAAUCCUGCCUACUCUGAACCGUGGUCUACCGGAGCUCGUGAUGCCAGCAAUCUCUUCCAAGUGCCAAGCGAGCGCUGCCGCGCAUACGUCAACGUCAAUGGUGCGCAACCUGACACUUACUUUCCUGCUGGCACAUAUAGGCAGGAUGGUUCCGUGGGUAGCACAAACGCCAGCUGGAUUCAUCCGACCGAUGUGGCACAGCGCUUCUUGCGUGCGGACAAUCCCAUGCGCAAAGGCCAAGUCUCCUAUUCGUGGGACAACAUCACGGACCCUGCACACAAUCUGGCCGUUUGGAAAGGCUCUGUACUCGACCUGAACCGCCUAGGCCAACUGCACGCCAAUCUCUCCAAGCCAGCAGUGUUCGCCCAGCUGAAUCCUCGCAACGAGAAAUUCGCGGGCAGAGACGUCUCUGCAGGUGUACUGCGGUCGGAACAGGACGAUGUGUUUGAUUGCUUGGAAGAUCUGGUGCGAGUCGGAUUCAUCGAUUCAGAGACCAUCGGCUGCGUCGCGGCCGACGUCGAACUCUACAUCGCGUUGGUCUUUAUCUUGGGUGUCGUUGCUAUCAAGUUCUUCAUGGCUGUCAUCUUCGGUUGGUUCUUGAGCUGGCGUCUAGGCAACUACAAGAACGAGACUUACGAAGAACGUAUGAAGAGGGCAGAGGAGAUUGAGCAGUGGUCCAAGGACAUAUACCGUCCCGCCCCAGCAGGGUAUCGCCCCAACGUCAAGAAGCAUCGAUCGUUCUUGCCGACCACUAGUCGCUUCAGCACGGGCAUCGCCUUGAGCGGCGCAGCCAACAAAGCUGCAAUGCGCACGGCAAUGUCGGAGAAGAGCGGUGGUAUGCGAAGUGGGCCUGCAAGUGUGGCGGGCGGUGCACAUAGCCCAGCGCUGCGCGCCGGUCGUCUCACAGGUCUCGCUUCGCCGAUGAGCGGCAGUCCUCCCGGUUCGCCUUCGCUACAAGGUGCUCGCUCCUCCGCGUCUUUGGUUCAAAGCGCAACUCACGGCGCUUCCGGUGGCUCCCGACGUUCCUCUUUUUCUGGAGACGCUUCACCCGCGCUGACAGGCGCGAUGGGUGCUUGUCCAUUUCCCCUGCACAAUGUCGUUCCUCAACCCCCUGCCGACUUCCAACCGUUCAACUUCCCACUCGCCCACUCGAUCUGCUUGGUCACUGCAUACAGCGAGUCCUUUGAAGGACUGCGAACGACACUGGAUAGUCUGGCCACUACCGACUAUCCCAACAGCCACAAGCUGUUACUCGUCGUUGCCGACGGUAUCGUCAAGGGAGCUGGUUCGGAGAUCUCGACACCUGACAUCGUUCUGUCUAUGAUGAAAGACUUUGUCGUGCCACCAGAGGAGGUUGAGGGCAAUUCGUACGUCGCUAUUGCGGAUGGCCACAAGCGCCACAAUAUGGCCAAGGUCUAUUCUGGAUUCUACGAGUACGACGAUGAGACCGUCGAGCGCAGCAAGCAGCAACGCGUGCCGAUGGUGCUCGUGGCCAAGUGCGGUACUCCGCUCGAGGCCGAUUCGGCAAAGCCGGGUAACAGAGGAAAACGCGACUCGCAAGUGAUGCUCAUGGCUUUCAUGCAGCGCGUCAUGUUCGACGAGCGCAUGACGACCUUCGACUACGAAUUCUUCAACUCCAUCUGGCGUGUCACUGGCGUAAGCCCGGACCACUACGAGAUCGUUCUGAUGGUCGACGCAGACACAAAGGUGUUCCCAGACAGUCUGACUCGAAUGGCGGCUUGCAUGAUCGAGGACCCCGAGAUCAUGGGUCUUUGCGGUGAGACGAAGAUUGCAAACAAGACCGAGACUUGGGUGACGAUGAUUCAAGUGUUCGAGUACUACAUCUCUCAUCAUCAGACCAAGGCCUUCGAAGCGUGCUUCGGUGGUGUGACGUGUUUGCCAGGCUGCUUCAGUGCUUAUCGUAUCAAGGCCCCCAAAGGACCGAACGGUUACUGGGUGCCCAUUCUCGCCAACCCAGACAUUGUAGAGCACUACUCGGAGAACGUCGUUGACACGCUCCACAAGAAGAACUUGCUCUUGCUUGGUGAAGAUCGUUACCUCACCACGCUCAUGCUGAAAACGUUCCCCAAACGUAAGAUGAUGUUCGUGCCACAAGCUGUGUGCAAGACAAUUGUGCCAGACACUUUCAGGGUCUUGCUGUCACAGCGACGUCGCUGGAUCAACUCGACGGUGCACAAUCUUGCUGAACUGGUCCUCGUCAACGAUCUUUGCGGAACCUUCUGCUUCUCGAUGCGCUUCGUUGUGUUCAUGGAGCUCGCCGGUACUCUUGUGCUUCCCGCAGCCAUUGCCUUCACCUUCUAUGUCGUCGCCCAGGCUUUCUACGUUCAUCCUGCGCCUGUCAUCCCGCUGGUGCUUUUGGCCAUCAUUCUUGGUCUUCCAGGUCUGCUCAUUGUCGUCACCUCUCGAAAGCUCAGCUAUGUUGGCUGGAUGUUCAUCUACUUGCUUAGUCUGCCAAUCUGGAACUUCGUCUUCCCAUCCUACGCAUUCUGGCACAUGGACGAUUUCUCCUGGGGUGCCACUCGCGUUGUGCAAGGCGACAAAGGCGGCGGUCAUGACGACGUCGAAGGAAAGUUCGACGCCUCCAACAUCACCAUGAAGCGCUGGGCCGAAUUCGAGCGCGAUCGCCGCUGGAGGUCAGGAACGCAUUCGCGAGACUCUACCUAUGACGUCGUUCACCGCACCGGUUCUCCCGAACGAUCUGGCAGCACCCGCUACUCGAUGGUCUCCUCUGACACUUUCCACUCCAAUCCAUCUGGCGUGGAUGCCACCGGCAGGCUCAUCAACCCAGCAGCAAUGGCGCUACCGAGCUACGAAUCAGAAGCUGGCCACAGCAAAACAGGCUCGGCCACAGGCGGUGCAAGGGCCAGACUUGAUGCUGUACCUCUUCUCGAGCUGCCGGCACCGCUUGGGCCGGAUGCUGCGCAAAAGGCUCGCGGCUUGCCUAGCAUAGGGGCCCCUGGCUCCGUCACGGUUCCGAGACCCCGCGAUCCCUCGCCGAUCGCGUCUUCCCAGUCGACUAGCCAGACUUCUCUCACGUCGCGCGCUCCAUACGAGAAUUACGCCUCGGUGUACAGUGCAGAGGACGAGUCGAGGCCGAUGAUGGCGUCUGGGGCUAGCUCUCCAGACCCCAACGAUGGACGAGGUGUGCUGCCCGCAAUGGCGGGCAUAGGCCUGACGGCAGAGCAGCAAAUCCGACACGGUAGCGUCUCCAGCGAGCAGCGAUACCCGGGUCUGAGCGAAGCGCAGUUCUCGCAAGGCUUUACAGCUGAGCCAGAGGAAGACAAUUCGUUCGGCCUGCCGCAAGGAGCUGGGGCACCCGCACCUCCGGGCUCGCAACGACCGCCUCGCGAGCGACCUCAAUCCAGAGGCUUUAGUCUCGUUGAUGAUGGUCCCGUUGCAUCUUCUCAGGGCGUUCGACAAGUGCAGCGCGGAGCGCGUCGAGGCUCAGUCGCGCCCAGCAGCGCUACCUCUCCCACUGGAUCAAACACGGGCCGCCAGUCCCGACAAAACCACUAGGUGUCCUCCACCCCGCGACUUUGACCAAUCGACGCGGUCCUCACUCAGCCUUUCGAAUGCCCCUGGGCCUCUAGCGCUGAGCUUGUACGGACUUCACACACGGAAACGUACUCGACCUCACCCUUCCCUGAUAGCUCUCUCGCCAUCUGCGAUCACGUAAUGAUUCUUCGCAGCUUCGACAGGCCCAGCCUCACGAGGGCCAGUCCAAGUGAAGACGGCUCAAAUACCUCCCUUCACAACUCGCCUCGCUCUUCUCCAGCCCUGUCCUUUACGUAGACGCAACCUGAUAGCUCUCGGACCUUGUCUUU